AUGGCUUCCGAAAAUACUCAAAACGUGAAGUUCAACGAAGCCAAAGAGCAAAGAAGGAUCCGAGAGUUGACGCGGUUCAAGAAUGAUUCUGGGCAUUCGUUUGCGGAAGAUAUUACCGAAGACUUGCUCAAUGCCUUGCACAAACUUGUCAACAAAGAGUACCCUUCAAGUGUUGAGGAAAAGGAUACACCGUACCCAUUGGAAUGGGUUGAAAGCAAGCGAACACUCACAAGCGCGCUUAAUAAGUUUAAACGCUACGCCGAGUCCAAAGACAAAGCACUGGUCGAAGAUGUGAGCAUGAGCGGUGCAGACACUGCUAGUGCCGGCGGGACCCCGAGCAGCUCUGGUAGCGAAAGGGGCCCCGCGGAGACUUCUCGCACAACUCCCGACAGCAGUGUGCCGCCCUCGAAGGAGGGCGGCGCAACCCCAUCGUCGGCACCAACAGAUACAACCCCCCCGGUGGCGUCACCAGAGGAUACAGCAGCCCCGGCAGCCUCAAAUGAGCAGACUAAUCCAAUCAAAAGGGAGGGUGAAGCACGACCACCAACACCAGGGGAUGCACCCCCCGCACCGCCAUCUUCCAACAGCAGAAGAACCCCAGCACCAAGGGAUGCACCUCACUCGCCGCCACCCUUAAACAGAAGUACCCCAGCACCAGGCGAUGCACCCCCCGCACCGCCAUCUUCCAACAGCAGAAGGACCCCAGCACCAAGGGAUGCACCUCACUCACCGCCACCCUUAAACAGAAGUAGCCCAUCACCAGGGUCCGCUGCUGAGGACCAUGAGUUGCGACGUGCCCUAUGCCCACAAACCGAGCACAUCAUAGGACAGAAAUUGUCUCGGCCUGGGUGGCAGGCUCUGAUCAGCGAGUGUAAGUGGUAUGGGUGUGACUUCAUGGACGUGCUAUUCCGCCUGGAGUUUCACUGUAAACACGAGAAGACAAAGCCAACGUCCGAAAGCCUACUGCAGUUUGCACGCGGAUGGAUGGAGAAGUGCCCGGGGGCACUACAGGAGCUAGAGGUGAGCUUCUACGGCGAUGCAGACCUGUACGAGGCGUAUCAUGGAUACCGCACAUCACACCCCCGAACCACCCCGCGCCGUGACUCUCCCAGCCACCACAGCCGCUUGGGCUCUCCCGGCAACGACAUUGGUUUGGCGACCCUGAAUGGAGCCAGGGAACAAAGCGUGUUCAGCAAUAACCCUGAGAGAGAUAGAGAAGAGAUUGCAUCCCAGAGUCAUAUGGCGGAGGAAAGCCCUGGCUGGGAUAAGAUAGUGCUGGCGAAUGACCCGGAUGUUGAACGAGACCCUGGCAAUAGCCAACCUGUUGAAGGCAAGAUAGUGAUGUCUUGCGGGUGGUAUCUGGACGUCGCUCUGCCGAUUCUUCUGCAUCCGCAAGACCCAACCAAGGAGAGACAUAUCUUGGUCUUACGUUCAGAUUACGCAGAUGAGGGAGCCCGAUUCGAAUCUACACAAGCCGGCAACGCGAUGACCCUCAGGACCUCAGACAGGAAGAGCCUGAUUGGUUGCAUGUGGAACGACUUAACCAUCCUGUCCAUCUCGAGCGCUUUCCAAAAGAAUAAAUAUACCUUCCCUAUCACGUUUAGCUCGGGCUACAUAACACGUGAAGGACCAAGCAUACCUAGGGCCUGGACUAGGUCCACGUUCAUUAACAUGUUUGGCCGAAGUUUUAUAGAUGAGCAAGUUAAUGAAAGGCGAACAAUGGUCGGGCAGAAGCCAAUCACCACGAAGCCUAAAUUGCGGUUUGUUGGCGAAUGA